AAUCAACUUGUGAAUCCUGUACACUCACUCACAAAAGACAAAUAAGACCCUGUGUAACACCAGAAAAUCACAUUUCUUGCAUUUCCACUGUCGCCAAAACUAAACAAACAUUGUCGUCACAACUAAAAAAAUAUCGUCACCAAAGAUAUGGACUAACUAAUCAAAAGCUUCUCCUAUUUUUCUCUUUUGUUUGACUUUAUAGUUAUUAUCGCCGGCACCGAUUCAUCAAUGGCUUCACUCUCCGGUCUUUGCUCAUCGUCUCCAUCUCUAAAGCCGAAAAAUUCGCUUCCCAAAGCCACCGUUAGCUAUCCUUUUCUUAAAACCUCACUCCCAUUUCCAGCUCGCGCCACUCGAUUCGCUCCAUCUCAGUCAGUUGCUCGCGAAAUUUCUGCCGAUUUAUCGAAGACAAACGAUAAGCUAACGGUGAAAUCGAAACAAGGACUAGAGAAAGAUCCGAGUAGUCUAUGGAGAAGGUACGUGGACUGGCUGUACCAGCACAAAGAGUUGGGGCUUUAUUUGGAUGUCAGUCGGAUCGGGUUUACGGAUGAGUUUGUAGAAGAAAUGGAGCCCCGAUUAAAGAAAGCUCUUAAAGAUAUGGAAGAGCUUGAGAAAGGUGCUAUUGCGAAUCCUGAUGAAGGGAGAAUGGUUGGUCAUUAUUGGUUGAGAAAUUCGAGUCUUGCUCCUAAACCUAUUUUGAAGCAACAGAUCGAUAAAGCUCUUGACGCCGUUUGUGAUUUUGCUAAUGAAGUCGUCAGCGGUAAGAUCAAGCCUCCGAAUUCUCCAGAAGGACGUUUUACUCAAAUACUAUCAGUUGGAAUCGGAGGUUCAGCUCUUGGACCAGAAUUCGUUGCGGAAGCUCUUGCGCCCGAUAAUCCUCCUCUCAAGAUAAGAUUUAUUGAUAAUACAGAUCCAGCUGGAAUUGAUCAUCAGAUUGCUCAGCUUGGCCCUGAAUUGGCUUCUACACUUGUGAUAGUUAUUUCUAAGAGUGGCGGUACUCCUGAAACUAGAAAUGGUUUGUUAGAAGUUCAGAAGGCCUUCCGUGAAGCUGGCCUGGAGUUUGCAAAACAGGGUGUCGCCAUAACACAAGAAAAUUCAUUACUAGACAACACUGCAAGAAUUGAGGGUUGGUUAGCUAGAUUCCCCAUGUUUGAUUGGGUCGGUGGCAGGACAUCCGAAAUGUCUGCAGUUGGCCUACUUCCGGCAGCACUUCAGGGGAUUGACAUUAGAGAAAUGCUGGCUGGUGCAUCAUUAAUGGAUGAGGCAAAUAGGGGAACAGUGCUCAAGGAUAAUCCUGCAGCUUUGCUUGCUUUAUGCUGGUACUGGGCCACCGAUGGGAUAGGGUCCAAGGACAUGGUCGUCCUUCCAUAUAAGGACAGCCUAUUAUUAUUUAGCAGGUAUUUGCAGCAGCUAGUCAUGGAAUCUCUUGGGAAGGAAUUUGACCUGGAUGGUAAUCGGGUGAAUCAAGGAAUUACUGUCUAUGGAAAUAAAGGAAGUACAGAUCAGCAUGCCUACAUUCAACAAUUAAGAGAGGGUGUGCACAACUUCUUUGUGACUUUCAUUGAGGUGCUACGUGAUAGACCACCUGGUCAUGAUUGGGAGCUUGAACCAGGUGUCACAUGUGGUGACUAUCUCUUUGGAAUGUUACAGGGUACUAGGUCAGCCCUGUAUGGUAAUGACAGGGAGUCCAUAACAGUUACAGUGCAGGAAGUGACACCUAGAUCAGUAGGAGCCCUCAUCGCACUUUAUGAGCGAGCAGUUGGGAUAUAUGCAUCACUGGUCAAUAUAAAUGCUUAUCAUCAACCUGGCGUGGAAGCUGGGAAAAAGGCUGCUGGGGAAGUAUUAGCUCUUCAAAAGCGUGUGUUGGCCGUACUCAAUGAAGCAAGCUGUAAAGAGCCUAUUGAACCAUUGACACUCGAGGAAGUGGCCGAACAAUGCCAUGCAGAAGAAGAUAUUGAAAUGAUAUACAAGAUUAUUGCACACAUGGCUGCCAAUGAUAGAGCACUAAUUGCCGAAGGUAGUUGCGGUUCACCACGCAGCAUCAAAGUGUUCCUUGGGGAGUGUAAUGUUGAAGAUAUGCUUUAAUUUUUAUCACGAACGUUAUCAUGAUGAAUUUGUUUGUUUUAUAUUUACGCAGAGUUAGCUCCAAUAAGCUGAUUUUGACCUCCUUGUAUUACAUCAACUUGAAUUUUCAUUUGUUUUCCUCUUUGGAUAAACAUCAGAAUAAAAUUUCCAGUUACUUGUUUGUCAGUUGUAUUUGCAAGUGAACUACCCGUUCAUAUAAACUGAUGUAAUUUGUUAGUGACAAAACCAGCAACGAGAAGUAACUUGUAAA